CGUUCACUCUCGUUCACUGAAAAAAGUCGUUCUUUUGAAGGAAUCGUUCACUCACAAGUCAACACUAACUUGCGUUCGGUCUCACUGGUUUGCUCUCCCACGGCAGCCAUUUUGGAUCAUCAGCGCCUGAGAGCAAUUGUUCGGAAAAGUUUGACUCUUUUAGAGAGGAAUGUGGGAUCAGGGAGGCCAGCCCUGGCCGCAGUGGCCUCUGAGUCAGCAGCAGUGGAUGCAGUCAUUCCAGCACCAGCAAGAUCCAGGUCAGGUAGACUGGGCUGCCCUUGCACAAGCUUGGAUAGCGCACAAGGAGUCUACUGGAUCAGAACCUAAUAUUCAGCCCAAUGGACAGGACAUCCCAGGUCUGGAACAACCUGCACAAGGCAACCGUGGGUCCUUCCAGGGUGACUCUGCUUUUGGCAGAGUGUGGCAGCCAGAAUGGGGAAUGCAUGGCCAACGGCCACCGCGCCCGCCACCACCACCUCCUGAACAAACCUGGAUUCCGCCUGGCUCAGCUCAGAUGGAUGUUGCGAACCCCAGUGAAGAUGGCAACAGCCAGGACAGUGCAGAGUUCAACUCUGAAGCGCACCGUGGGGGUUUCCCCCAGAACAGCCAUGGGUAUGGGGCACAGCCCGACAGCUACGCCAUGGCCCCCAUGGCCAUAAACCAGUUUGAUUAUCAGCAUGGAGCUGCUUCAGCUUUUGCCCCGCCGCCUUCUGGCUUCCACGCCCCAUACUGGCAGGGUCCCCCUCAGAACAGACGGGAUGCCCGCCCACCUGGCUUCAGGGAGCGGCCCAGAUCCCCUCUCCAGCUUCCUAUUAAACAGGAAGCGCCACCGCCACUUGAUGCGGUGAAACGGCGUACGCUACCUGCCUGGAUCCGAGAGGGGCUAGAGAAGAGGGACAGAGAAAAUCAGAAGAAACUGGAGCGGGAGCGAAUGGAGAAGGAGCGUGCUGAAAUGUCCAAAGAGGAUGACCAGGAGCACAAAGUGGAUGAAGGGGGUGACGGCCCUCGUGUCCCGCGAAAGAGUAAAUUUGACAGUGAUGAUGAAGCGAAUGAAGACAAUGAUGAAGAAAAGCCUCCUGUAAAAAAAGAGUUUUUUGCACAGAGCCCGUCACCUCCUGCAGAAGAUAGUGAGCAUGAAAUGACUGAGGAGGAAAAAGAAUUCCAAAUGAUGAUCAUCACAAAAACACUCCUCACGGAGAUCCUUCUGGAAGUCACCAAUGAAGAGAUCCAGCAUGUGGCAAAAGAAGUCCACCGCAAAGCAACACGAGCUCCUGCAAAACAGCUGGCACAGUCAAGUGCACUGACUUCUCUGACUGGUCUCAGUGGGCUGGGUGACUAUGGUUCAGAGGAGAGUGCUGAGGAGGACGACCACAGCGCUCGAGGCUCAGAAUCCUCGGACACUGAUGAGGAGGAGUUGCGCCAUCGUAUCCGGGAGAAGCUGGAUGCCUUCUAUCGCAAGGAACGAGAAAUGCAACAGCUCCAAGAAAAACAGGCUCAGGAUGCUCUUCUUGCUCGUGAGGAGAUGGUGAAGGAACGAUUGAGCAGAGAAAGGCUUGAAUAUGAUGAGGGCCAGUCAGAGGAAGGAAAAGAGAGGCAGCCAGAGCCCUUAGUAGAAAAGCGUAGGUCCCGUAGUGAACUCGAGAGUAGUGAGGGAAGGCAUUCGGGCAGGGGGAAGGAGAGAUUAGGCAGAAGCGGUAGCGAUUCCCCAGCCGACGCUCACAGCAGCAGCUCUCGAUCGUCCUCCAGCCGCAGCAGCAGUCGGUCGUCCUCUUCAUCUUCGUCAUCAUCUUCUCGUAGUUCCUCGCAAUCCUCUUCCCCUCGAAGGAAGAGGAGACGUAGUCGAUCUUCUUCCCAUAAGGCCCGCAGGCGUAGUCGCAGCAACAGCUCUCGUAGACGUCGUAGUGAAAAGAUUUGCGACAGGAGGAGAAGCAGCACGGAGCAAAAAGCGGGACACCGUAAGAAAGACCGCAGCGACUCCAGAGAACGAAGAAACCGCCGGAGUAUUUCCAAAUCCAGAGAUCGGGACAAGUCCCGGGCCCAGGAUAGCCGUAGUCGCAGCAGAGACAAGGGCAGGGCAAAGGAGAAAGAUAAGGACAGGGAAGAGAAAGAUAGGAGAAGAAGCAGGGAUUGCGGGGACAGUAGUCACGGUGGCAAACACAAACAGAAGGCCUCCACCAAAGAUGAAGAGAGGAAGCGAGAUCGAAGCCGUAGCCAUGAGAGAGACAAAAAAAGGAAGGACAAAGAUAAGGAGUCCGAAAGAAAGAAGGAGAAACCAAGGACUAAAGAAAAGACCAAUCCUUCAGUUAGUGAGGAAAAUGGCAAAUUAAAGAAACGAAGAGAGACGGACUCUCACGCCGACUCGCACGGCGACAAGUACAGCAGGCAGGAUAGCAAAUCCAGCAAAAAGGGCUCAGCGAAAGCUAGCAAGAGACUGUCCAACUCCGAUUCAAGCAGAUCCCCUACGCCGGAACUUAGUAAGGAAAAGAAAUCUAAGAAAUCCAAACGUAGUCGCUCACGGUCAAUGGAAAAAUCGCACAAGUCUGGUAAGAAGGCAAGCCGCAAACACAAGUCUAAGUCGCGAUCAAGGUCGAAUUCCCCCAAUCGUCGUAGCAGACACUGAGGAUGUGCUUCCCCACCGCUAAAUUCCACCAUUCAAGUGGCUUGUCUCAUUACAGAGGCAGUUGUGUAGGUGGUCAUCCCUUUACAAUUCUUUCUCCAUUGUAAAUAUAUUAUUUUUAAAGUUUGUCUGAGGAAGUUAGAGGUCCUUUCUUGUAUCAUUGGCAAAGCAUAAGUCUUAGCUGACACUAUGAACACGAAUAGUUUUAAAUCUUAACAGGAUGCACAGAUUUCUCCACCCAACGUUGUUGUACGAUGUCCAAUAAAACUAUUUGUCCUUG